AUGAAAACGAUUGGAUAAAGCUCUAAGUUCUGUGAUUUGAUUGGAUACUCAUGUAAACACACCGAGCUGUUAACUUGGACUCGGGCCGUGAUGGAUCGUAUCUUUUCAAAGAUGUCGGCUUUAAAUUGUUGUUUUAUCUCGAACGACUUCAUUUGAAGUGUGUACUUGAGAUUAGUCAGGAAAAUUAUAACCUACAAACCUACAUAGACAUCAGUUUAUGUGGUCACGUGAUUACAAGUAUGGCAGCGAUUAAUGUCGAUGUUGAACUAGCAAAGAAGUUGAAAAAGGAUAUAGAAGAAGAAUUAGAUGCACUGAGAAAUUCUGUUUUCUUGUUAAGCCAACAUGUUGAUAGUGAUGGUAAUCUCCUUGAGCAUAAUCCAACAGGUGGUGAAAAUGUUCAGACUAUACUUCAAAAUGUUGACCACCAAAACCAGAACAUGUCAGAUUUGUUAAAACGUUCUUACGCCAUAUUGGAGAGUCUUAUAAAGUACCUAACCGAACAGUUAAAAAAAUGGCAAGCACAGUUUCAGCUGUUUUAUGCCAGGCUUGCUGAUUCACCAGACCUUAAAAGCAUUGCUCAACGUUGUGGGGAAACUGGUCAGAUCCUGCAUCAGUUACUUGCUAAAGAUUUUGAAGGAUGGAAGGAGAUUUUGACAACUUUUGAAGUCCCCCAGUUUAAACAAGAUUAUGAAACACAUUUGUCAGCCUACCAGAAACUAUGGGCAGUCUUUUUGCAAAGAACAUUUGUUGUAACCGAACAAGAGGAAUUCUGUAUACGGAAAAUGAAGAAACAUUUCCCAGCGUUCUGUAUAAGGGCUUUGGCUGCUGACUACAUGCAUGACAGUGUAGGGGAAGUAACUCCUUAUUUGGUAUCUGAAGUAAACCUGAGGCAAUGUGUAGAUAGUAAUGGUCUGAAAUUUGAAGAAUUGGCAAGGAAACAAAUAAGAGUAAAGAAUGUGCUUGCUUCCAAAAAGCGGAAUUCUCCUGAGAAGUUUGAAAUUGCAUCUCGGAAAGAAACAAAUAGAAUGGAAUGUGUUUGCAAAAAUCUAACGUUUGAAGAAACCUUCAAGAGACAACAGAACAAGGAAGUUAAAGUGCACGAGGAAAAGUUCAGGGUCGUUUUUAUUACGCAGUUGGAAUCACAAACGAUUUGGACAAUGUCCUUGCCCCUGGUGGUGAUAACUGCAUCAAACCAAGAAGUUAACAGUUUAGCUUCUAUCAUGUGGCAAUGUUUUUCAACAAAUGUUUUUUCCAUACACGAGAUGACUCCAACAGAAUUGAAGUGGUCAUUAGUUGCCGAGAUGCUGAAGAUGAAGUUCUCUAUGAUUUCUAAGUCACACAACCUCACCGAUAACAACAUUAAACACCUUAAAAGACAGCUAUUUGGUGAUCAAAAUAAACCUGAUGAUGAGCUGGUGUCGUUGUCCCAGUUUUGUUGUGACCCAACAGGACGCAAGAUGAAGGAUUACUCCCUCGACGGGGAGAAAAAGGAUAAAAAGGAUAAAUAUCCAAAACAUGUACCUUACUCCUUCUGGAAAUGGUUUCUUGGAGUUUUCAACGUCAUUGAGGAGUUUCUAUUGAAAUAUUGGAAUGACGGGUUAAUAAUGGGGUUUGAACAUCGGCAAAUCGUGCAUAGGAUGCUGUCAAAAUGCAAGGAAAGUGGAACAUUUAUUCUCCGCUUUUCUGAUACGGAGAUAAGAGACAGAGACGGCGUGAAAAAUGUAUAUGGUCGACUUAAAGCAUCAGUAUUUUGUAUCAAAUUUUCUAAAUCAAGAGAAGCGGCAAAAAGAAACAGUGUGGGCCAGCCCGAUUUCAGCACAGAAAAAGUGGUAGAGGAUCUCGAUUUAAGUGACCCGCCGGAAUAUUUGGCGAAUAUUUUGAAAGACGAGAAAAAACUUUUAUACUGCUUUUUGUAUCCUGGUGGUAAAAGUCGACAGGAACUCUUUGACAAGUACUAUAAAAAUAAAGGCAAGCAGGAAAUCAAUGGCGAUGAUUUUGGUUAUAAGAAACCAUCAGAUGUGGAACUGUCAGUGCCUGACUUGGAAAAAGCAGUUAGGCAAAUCAACCUUAUUGCUGGUGCCCCCUCACAAGCUGACACGGAAACAAACUCACCUGGAUCAAGAGUCGUAAAGAAAGCAAGGCGAAAACAUGAAAACAACAAUUUUGGACAAAGUUUAGAUAGUCCCUCGAAUAUGUCCGAGGAUAGCGAAUGCCCUUAUGAUUCGGAACGGAAGGAAUACACAUCUCAAAUCUCGGGCAAUUCUUCAAUUAGUCCAAGCUAUAUGGAACAGAGUCCAGAGCAAUCGGUACCCAAUUUUUCCUUUUCACCAUCUCACGGAAAUGAUGUAAAUGGGGACUCUGUUGUUCCAUAUUCACCUGAAAGUUAUUUAAUGAAAAGUAGUGCAGAAGAUGCGUUUGCGUCAGGUGCAAAGAAUGCCGCACUAUAUUACCAUGAAGAUCAGGCAAGUAAGGCGGGAAUUGCAUCAUAUCAAGGCAUAAACCAAUCUGUAAAUGAUUUUAAUCUGUCAAUGGGCGGGGCCAGUACACCAGAAAGACUUGAUCCACAGUUGACUGGCUUUGAUCUCUUACUUACCGGAUCGGGGACAGAUGUCAGAUCCAAUGAAAACACAAACGUAUUAGAACAUGAAUCAGAAUGGAACGAAUUUCAAACUACACAGCUUCUGGAAAGUAAUUCAACACUUCAAUUAUCGACCAUGAAAGAUCUAAGAGAGACAUUAACACCCCAGCGAUACAGAAGUGUCCUACUCUGGUCACAGAAUGGUUGUGAAUCGGCACCGACUAAUCCAAAUCAGAUUACGUUUUCAGAAGAAAGUACCAACUAUCCUACUAAUAAUAAUGAAGAGGAUUUUAUGUCUGGCAACUCAUUGGAAGAUUUAGGAUUUGACCUUGAGCAGAAUAUGUCGCACGAAGACCAGAUCCCUGAUCUUCAAGACAUCGAGGACUUGCUCAGUUUGGAAAGUGACGUAUUAAACAUGUGAAAAGCUUACACAACUUUGCCAUCGUGUAUUUCCUUGUGUCAUAUGUAGAAUUUGUGAUCGCUUUCCGCAUUCUUCCGACGGCAAAAGUCUUAACAGUCAUGCGAACUUCGCCGAUAUUGGUUCGAAUCGUGAUCGUGUGUUAUAUUAUAUUCCUGUGAGGAAGCUUUCAAGUUGGAGUGCAUGAGCUCUAUGACUUAUCUGAAAAAUAUGUUGCCAGCACGAUGUCAGAAGAUGCCUGGGAACAGAGACUGAAUGUUUGAAACUGCUAUUUUUGUUUUAAAGAUGGAUUGACAUGAAAUAUGAACAUCAACUUUCAUAUUUUGCAACAAAAGCACCAUUGUGAAUUAUACUUUAGUUAUUUUCAUUCUGGUGUGUCGAUUAUCAGUCAAUUCAUGAUGUUUAGUUUUCAGUACACAUUUAACUCUGAUGAUUUUUUGCAACUCUUGGUGCAUCUAUGUUCAUUAACUUUUGAUACUGCUCUUUACCUUUACCUUUGAUGCGUUGUGAAUUCUAUAUGAUUGGUUUUGUACUAUUUUAUAAUUGAUGUUUUGAAGUGACAUUAUGCCCAUCAAAGUGUAAAUAGUGAAUUUAGACUUUGGCAUAAUUAUUUUCAAUUUUUAGCUCACCUGUCACAAAGUGAAAGGGUGAGCUUUUGUGAUCGCUUUUCGUCCGGCGUCCGUCCGUCCGUCGUCCGUCCGUAAACUUUUACUUUAAAUGACAUCUCCUCAUAAACCACUAAGCUAAUUUCAUCCAAACUUCACAGGAAUGUCCCUUUGGUGGUCACCUUUAAAAAUUGUUCAAAGAAUUUAAUUCCAUGCAGAACUCUGGUUGCCAUGGCAACCGAAAGUAAAAACUUUAAGUAUCUUCUUUUAAAAAACCAUAAGAGCUAGAGCGUAAAUAUUUGGCAUGAAACAUCUUCUAGUGAGUGUUUACCAAGUUUGUUCAAAUAAAAGCCCUGGGGUCAAAAUUGGCCCCGCCCCAGGGUGUCAUUGAUUUUCCCUAUAUGCAUAUAGUAAAAACUUAAAAAAUCUUCUUUUAAAGAACUCAAAGAGCUAGAGCUAAGAUAUUUAGCAUGAAACAUGUUCUAAUGGGUUUCUACCAAAUUUGUUCAAAUAAAAGCCCUAGGGUCAAAAUUGGCCCCGCCCCGAGGGUCAUUGAAUUUCCUUAUAUGUGUAUAAAAAAUCUUCUUUGAAAAAACCCAAAUAGCUAGAGUUUAGAUAUUAAGCAUGAAACAUCUUCUAGUGAGUGUCUACAAAGUUUGUUCAAAUAAAAGCCCUGGGGUCAAAAUUGGCCCCGCCCCGGUCAUUGAUUUUCCUUAUAUGUGUAUUGCAAAAACUUAAAAAUCUUCUUGGAAAAAACCCAAAUAGCUUGAGUUUAGAUAUAAAGUAUGAAACAUCUUCUAGUUAGUGUCUACCAAGUUUGUUCAAAUAUUAGCCCUGGGGUCAAAACUGGCCCCACCCCAGGGGUGUCAUUGUUUUUAAAUAUAUGUGUAUAGUAAAACUUAAAAAAAUCUUCUUUUAAAAAACCCAAUGAGCUAGAACUUAGAUGUUUAGCAUGAAACAUCUUCUUAUGGGUGUCUACCAAGUUUGUCCAAAAAUUGGCCCUGCCGGGGGGGGGAGAGGAAGGGGCCUAUAUACAGGUGAGCGACCUAAGGGCCAUCAUGGCCCUCUUGUUAAUCUAGUUAACCUGUAUAAUCAAUAACUCACGCGCCUCACUGUAAAUUCUUAUAAAAAUCCUUCGGACUGUGUCGUUGAUGUUUAAUUGAUAAAAAGAGUGGGGUAGUUUGUUUUAUACUUUAGGCAGUUGUUUUAUAUACUAAACACUUCUCAUUUUCAAUAAUUGGUCAAUGGCAAUAAGAAUAGUCAAUCUUUUAAAAUAGAUGUAUAUAGUCAAAUCAGCUCAACAUCACAUUAAAACAAGAGCUGACGGUAGGACAUGCUACGGUAGGACAUGCUCGACUAUUCUUAGUGCUUGAUAAUGUAAAAAAUUCAACUUCACAAAAGGGCCAUUUUCCCCCUUUAAAUCCAUGUUAGUUAUAGGACUUGAAGAGUGUCCUAUAAUGCUCUCAAAGAAGUGUAUAGAAUUUCAACUUGUUUCAAAGCCAGAUGUCAAUUGAAUAUGAAAAUAUCUGAGGUGGUAUGCACACUUUAAUGUUAAUUCGAUCUAAGUCGAAAAGGGGCCAUAAUUAUUUUGUCAAAAUGUUUGAUAGAGUUACCUCGCUCUGUCUACAGGUUGGGGUCAUGAUGGUGAACAAGUGUGCAAAGUUUUAAAGCCAUAUGUCAUUGGACUUUGAAAAUAUUUGAGGUGUUACAAAAACUUUAACAUAAGUGGUUACGCCGACACCGACGCCGACGCUCGGGUGACUACAAUAGCUCUACUUAUUCUUAUCGGAUAGACGAGCUAAAAUGAUAAUGUUGUCACUUUAAUUUUGAUACGUAAAUUUUCAGUCCAUACUUUUUAUGUUUUAAAAGCUAUAUUUUUGUAAAUGGUGCCAUUUGUAUGUGAUAUUCUUUGAGACAAUUGUGUCGUGGUGUUAAAUCGUUGUUAAAUGUCGGAUCCAAAUGUUGACCAUUUUGUUUGAUUCGAGAAUCAUUAAAAAUAAAUCAUGAAAAAAUC